AUGGGUUCAACAGAACCUCCUUUACAAGGUUAUGUGGAUAAGCUUGGAAAAUAUUUAUCCUUUACAUGGAAGAGACGUUGGGUUUGCAAAGAGGGGGAGAAUAUCUGCUAUUAUACAGGUGAAGAUAAAAAGGAUCUAAAGGGUUUAAUUCCGAUAAAAGAUAUUUUAGAGAUUAGAUUGGCCGAUAAGCAGAUUAGUCAACAGCAUCAUAAUAUAACUACUCCUCUAGAUAAAAGAAGCUCAAUAAAUCAAAGUAGUGGCAAGUUAAAUCUAUCAGUUAGCACGAGUAGUAUGUCAAGUAAUGGCAGUGGCACUAGUAACAUGGGUGGUAGUAAUGGAAGUGUAAAAUUACAUCAGUCUGUAAAUUUAUCUCAUCAAAACUCUUCAUCAAAUUUUAAUAGUUCAAACGAUUCUGUAAAUAAUUCAAUUGUAAAUAGUAGUAGUAGUAAUAAUAACAUUAAUAAUAGUAGUAAUAAUUUUAAUAUUAGUAAAAGUUUUUCGGGCGGUGUGCUGACUCAUCAAAAUAGUUUGGAUAGUUUGAAAUUAAAUAAUUCUUCAAAUGUAUCAAAUAGUUUAAGUGCAAGUAGCAUUAGCGUCAGUAAUAGUAAUAGUAAUAAUAUACUCAGUCAUAGUACAAGUAAUAUAAAUAACAGUGGUAAAGAUUUAUCAAGCUCCACAAAUGGCAGUAUAGCAAAUAAUGGUAAUAACAAUAAUAAUAGUGGUAAUGGUGGUUUACAUCUAUGGAUUUUCACAAUAAAGAUUCCACAAAGAACUUAUGAAUUUAAAGCCGGUAGUGAAGUAGAAAUGCAUUACUGGGUUCAAGGAUUAAAGAAUAUUUUGGUUGAUAGGGAAUUAAACAGCAAUAAACAAAUAGAGAACAAAAGAUAUUCGCAAAAAUUACAAUCAAUAACAUUAAACUAUGAAGUUUUAAUUAAAGAUAUUUCAGGUGUUCAAAAUAAUUUAAUAUCAGUAAAGAAAAAUCAUAGAGAUUUAAAAGAGGACAUUAAAAAACAAUUGUUUGAAUUUUCGACUUGGUCCAAAAGUUUUGAAGAUAAAAUAGUUAGUUAUUUAGCAACCGUCAGAUAUAGUGAAACUCAAUUAAGAAAAACUAUUAAAUAUUUACAAAAAGAAAUAGAUGAUUUAAAUUCUCAAAAUAAUAAAAAUAAUAAUAAUAAUAAUAAUAGUGGUAUAAAUCCUUCAAAUGAUGGUGUUGGUAAUAUUAAAAUUUCUAGCAACAAUGGUGGCGAUGGCGGUGGAGCAGAUAUUCACCAUCAUAAUAGACAUUUAUCAACAACACAGUUACCAGCUUACAAGCCAAGUUAUAUUCAACAGUCAUCAGUAUCACCAAAUGGUAUGGCUCUAUGGUUUCCUGACGAAUCAAGUAAUAAUUGUUCAAUGUGCCAAUCUGUAUUUACAUUCUUUAAGAGAAGACAUCAUUGUAGAAGUUGUGGAUUUUUAUUUUGUGGUAAUUGCUCAAAAAAGAAAAGAGAAGUUAAGGGCUAUUUCGAAAGAGUUAGAGUAUGCGAAAAUUGUUCAGUUACAAUCGGUUUGGCAUUUACAAAUCUAAGCAAUUCAAAAGUUAAUACACUUUCAAUGUGUUGA